AUGGCGUUUACUUACGGUGGCUAUUUGGCGCGUUGCAUUCCCAUGCUCAUCCUCAUGGCCGUCGUGUGGUGGUCAUACUACGCCUUCGUGGUGGAGCUUUGCAUUUAUACGAUCAAAUCAACCAUUGAAAAGGUUGUAUAUCUGGUGAUUUAUCACAUGAUAUUUAUGAUGUUCUUCUGGUCAUACUGGAGAACGAUAGUUACGUUGCCGGCCAUUCCAUCUAAACAGUUUUGCUUAUCCAAAUCUGACAUGAAGCGAUACAAAAAGGAAGACAGAAAAGAGAUUCGGCAAGAGAUUCUCAAGCGGGCAGCUAAAGAUUUGCCAAUCGUCACAAGAACGCGAACCAAUGGUAUCCGGUAUUGUAAUGACUGCAAGGUUAUUCCACCUGACCGGUGUUAUCAUUGUUCAAUUUGUGAAAGAUGUGUGCUUAAGAGGGACCAUCACUGCCCCUGGGUCAACAAUUGUAUUGGAUUUGCUAACUACAAGUUCUUCUUGCUGUUCUUGUUGUACGCCUCGCUGUACUGCCUGUUUGUUGCUUCAACGGUGCUCCAAUAUUGCAUAAAGUUUUGGAUGAAAUAUCCGCUGGACGCCCAUGCCAAGAGCCACGUCUUAGCUCUGUUCUUUGUGGGAGUCGUGUUCUUCAUCUUCGUAUUUUCUCUGUUUUACUUUCAUUGUCGGCUUGUUGGGAAAAAUAGAUCAACUUAUGAGGUACAGUUUACUCCAUGUUUUGAAACCGGUGCAGAAAAGGACGGAUUUUACCUUGGCUUCAGCAGGAAUUUCAGAGAGGUUUUUGGGGAUCAAAAGCUGCUUUGGCUGCUGCCCGUGUUUACGAGUUUGGGAAAUGGCGAAGCUUUUCCAACUCGCAUUGUUUCAGGGGACCCUGAGCAAAAUGCUGGGAUGAACCAAGAUGACAUCCCCAAACACUCUGGUUCCACGUAGGCAUCCUCUGCCAGACCUCUCAGCGAGCUCCAGAAAUGGGCAAAAGAUGAGAAAUGCCACGUCGCAAUAGACGUAGAAGGCUGAUUAGUGUGAUCUAACCAGGGAAAAUGUGCAAGCAUUUCCUGAAAUUCAGUUGACCCUUCAAAAUCUUCCAGCGCAAGCAAAGCGCAUGACGUCGGACGCAUACGUCUAGACAAGAAACGGAGGGGGGGAAUCAUUUCAAGUUACAUUAUGUAUUGUAAUAGCUGUUAAGUGUUAAGAAUUAAGUGUUAAGUUUUAAGUGUUAAGUUAUCAAUAAAAAAACGUAAAUACGUUUGUAU